AUGAAAGUCCACGCAAACGAUGGACUUUCUCAACAACUACUUGAAGCCCCGGUCAAUAGUGCAGUUGCUCCACACCCAUAUACCCACCAACAAUUCAAUGGCUCUCUGUGGUAUAGAAGUCCAUUCAAAGGACCGCCGACGGAAAAGGUGGAGGAAGCUUGGUACGAUGUCAUGAGAUAUGGCUUGAUCAGUGUUACGAAGGAAGACAUUGAGAAAGUAGGACAUCCUGACUGGUCUGCGAAGUUCCCACCCGCCGUGGGAGGAGGAUAUAUUGCUGCGACAAUCGGCUCACAUCAACUGCAUUGUCUGCAUUAUAUCUGGCAAGAUCAUCACAUGUCCUAUUUUCCGAAAACUCAAGAUAAGAAGGAGCGAGUACCUGAACUGUACGAACUGCAUUAUGAGCACUGUGUCGACUACAUCCGCCAAAGUCUAAUGUGCCAGUUAGACACCGGAAUCAUCCCAUACAACUGGGUGCUUGACCAUCAAAAUCCGACACCAAAUGCGAACACCCACCAUAAAUGUGUAGAUUGGGACAAACUACAAAGUUGGUUGGAAGAAAGAAAAGUCGCAAUAACUGAGGGAUUCAAAUGGUCACAGCCGAAAGAUGCGGUUUCUUUGGGUUGGAAUCCAUAA